AUGCUCCUUCACCUCACGGUUUGCUGGGAAAAAACGCUUGGUACCAAAUUCAGAAUAUCUUGUCUUGCUCUACUCCGUAAUCUACGGCGGAUCCACUGGCAUGCUUGCCCUCGUUCUCACGAUUACCGGCGCGAGCUACCAAUUCGGCAAGGCAUGCCUGAUCUCUCCAUACAGGAGCAAGGAGACUUUUGGAUUCCACUGAUAGCUGUGUCUUCGGCGACUUUGAUAAUCGAGCUGGUGACCGUGGUAUAUUGCCUCUAUAUGAUAUUGAAACCGCUCUACCAGGACUGGAAACAGGGCACGGUCAACCACGCAAGAUCCGGUUCUUCGUUUGAUACCAGCCGCAGACUAACCGCACGGGCCGCGUCGAGACGCGUUCAACGGAUAUUACAACUCCAAUUGCGGGCAAUAGCGGUCGUUUCCUUGAUUCUGUUGCACGUCGCCCUCCUCAGUGCGAUUUUUAUACAGGUCGCUUAUUUGUACGAUGCUUCAGCUAUGGACAUGCUACCUUGA